GAAGCUGUGUAAAGUGGAACGAAGUCGCUUACAUCCACUAAAUGUAAAUUUUGUGAGGAAAAGAUGUGAUCUGGUGAUUUUAUUAUCUUCCUAAUCUGAAACAUUGUUAAAAGUUUUUUCUUAAAUAUUAAAGUUUUCAUAUUAAAUAUAUUGUGUGGAAAUUUCACUGAUAUUGCAUAUAAUACAUCGCGUGUCGUCUGUCAAAAUACGGAAUGGCGGAGUGCGUACGUGACUUAUCGAACAUACACAUCGACAGCAGAGAUAAGUGCGCAAUCUGCGGGAAAAGUGCAAAUCUAAAGUAUUGUUCUGGUUGUGGAAAGGUAUCUUACUGUUCUAGGGACCAUCAAAUCCAAGACUGGCGUCAACACAAGGCGAAAUGUAAGAAGAAACAACUCGCGGAAACUGAUGACAAUCCCCGACAAACUCCCAGCGCAAUGGCAAACGUUGCCUCUGGCAUGGCGCGAUUAGCGAUCACACAAGAAGAACUGCAAGACGUCACGUCUUCGACUGCACGUGUACCGAGUGUCGAUCUAUCAGAGCCCAUUCAUGCAGAGAUGAAACUGAAGUCGGGUUUGUUUACAAUUAUUGACUCAAACGUACGUGACCAGCUGACUGAGGAACCUUUAUAUAUAAGAAAGAAACUAGGAAUUGAUGACAGUUCUCAUAACAGUAGUGUUCACAACAUAGACAAUACCACACGCAAUAAUUCAACUGAAGUAGAUACUUUAAAGGAUAUUGCAACUUGUAGUACUUUAACUAACAGUAAUAACCUAAACACAAAUAGUCGAAAGCGAAAUAUUGAUGCAGAGGAUGUGAAUGGAACAGGGAGUUCAGAAAGGUUUAUUCUUGAAUCAGAGGAUAAUAACAUUGUAGAACCAGUGUAUGAAUCUGCGAGUUCGUCCAUAAGCGAUUCAUCAUCUGGAAGCAUGAUGCCUUACUUCAAUAUCAUGGAAUCAAGAAAUAAGGCAUUGAGUGAUUAUGUGACUAAAUGCCUCAAUGCCUAUGGAGUUUGUGUAAUAGAUAAUUUUCUUGGUGACAGUAAAGGAACAGAUAUUUUAGACGAAGUUAAAGAUCUUCAUGAAAAUGGAGAAUUGCUGAGUGGACAAUUAGUAAACGCUUCCUCACCCAAGGGAGCUGUACGUGGUGAUGUGAUUACGUGGGUAGAUGGAACAGAGCCCGGAUGUGGCAGUAUAAACUCUCUCAUUACUUCUAUUGAUGCGAUAAUGGUCCACUGUGAAAGGACUUUAGGACAAUAUCAUGUGAAGGGACGAUCAAAGGCCAUGGUGGCAGUGUAUCCGGGGAACAAGACCUAUUUCUUGCGGCAUGUUGACAACCCGACUGGUGAUGGUCGAUGUGUAACCUGUAUUUACUACCUCAAUAAGAACUGGAAUUCAAAGAAUGAUGGUGGUCUGCUGCGAAUCUUUCCUGAAGGUGCCAACAAGGUCGCCAACGUGGAGCCGAAAUUUGAUCGGCUGUUAUUCUUCUGGUCAGAUCGUCGGAACCCUCAUGAGGUUCUCCCAGCGUACAGAACUAGAUAUGCAAUUACUGUGUGGUAUUAUGAUGAACAAGAGAGGCGUCGAGCUGUCAAGCGUUUUAAAGAACAAGUUGGUGAUUCUAAGUCAGUCUAUCCCCCGUACGGUCUCACAGACAUGGAUGAUAAAGUUGUCGAGAACAAAGCGCCUACUACUUGAAACCUUCCAAUGUUAAUCGGAGAAACGUGUUUCAAAACUUACGCAGCUUUGCAUUGGCUUGAAGGCUGCAUUGUCACGAGUCAAUGUUCCAGAUGGGACCACAUGCAAACAUGAGAUGAAGUCUGCUUGGCUGUGGUGUGUAGUGAUUGUUCAAUAUGUUGACUGUUAUGUCAAAGUAUGAACAUUUGUGAGGCAGUGGAAAUUGAACUGGAAUUCAAAUUCUGGUGUGGACCAUUUGAAAUCAAGAAAUAUGAAUACUAAAAAUCUAUGUCUUGUUGUGGUAAUAGCUUUACUGUAAUGGACUUUUAAGUCCAAGAAAGGAAGAGUUACUGGAUGCCAUUUGGUGUCUUGGAAAUUCUCUUACAAGCCAAUGUGCUUGGGUUAAGGUCAAUCAAUCUAAAAAGGAAGAGAUGCUGUAAUAAUUGCAGACUAUCCCGAACAUGUAGAUGGUUUUGACUGACUAUCUUUAUACUACGGUCAUUUAUUGUCAAAUGUCCUUGGACAUUGGACAAGUUUAAGUUUCGACUUAAUUUUGUAAUUAUAAGUUAUUAUUGUUUAUUAUUAGAAUUCUUGUAAUAUCUGUCAAUUUCUGUAAUGUGUGUAAGAUAACAAGGCAAUAGAUAAAUUAAUAGAAUUGCUUAAAAUGUUAUAAUCAGAUGCUGGUUAUUGGCUUUUAAACUUCAAAAACAGUUGAGCUCUUUUUUUUAACCUCUUGAAACGCUCUCCUGUCUUGGGGAGAAUCAGUUCUUGUUGUCUUGGGGAAGCAGAAUGAACGCUCCCACUGUGGGGAUCUAACUCAUAUGGUAAUUUUUAUCCUAUUUUGAUGUUUAAUAAAUCAAUGUCCUACUAGUUUGUUGUCUAUGUUCAAGUAUUUACCAAGUUUUACAGUGUGCUCAUUGUGUGGACUUAUUUUAACUCAAACAGUUUACUCAGUACCUCAUAAAAAUAAACUUUUGUCUAGUAGUUCCAAAUGCUUAUCUGGAAUCUUAGUUAUAAUAAGUCUGCUUGAAGUUUUUAGAUGGAAAUUCCAUAUGUGUAUAGAAAUUUAUAUCACUUUAAUAUGUACAGGACCUAUGCAAAAAGGAAACAUAAUUAUGAUUUAAAUACCAUACUAUUUUACUUUUAUCUAUAUAAGAGGCUGGAGAGACAUUUUAAAGUUCAUUUUAAAGAUAUUAUGUUGAUGUUCAAUUGUGAAUAACAAAUUCAUACAUUUAUAAAUGAAUGUUUCAAUGGAUCAAAAUGCAAUUACAUUAAGGUUAAUAAUAUUGUCUGUAUCACAUCAACUGUGACUUUGCUAGAACAAAUGUUAUACAGCUAAAACAAAUGUUAUAAUCAUGAAAUGUUAUCUUUUAUUUUGUUUUUGAUAUGCCCCUGUAGGUUGGCAUAUAGCAGUUGAACUGUCCGUCUGUCAGUCCGUCUGUCCGAAAACUUUAACAUCGGCCAUAACUUUUGCAAUAUUGAAGAUAGCAACUUGAUAUUUGGAAUGCAUUAGUAUCUCAUGGGGCUGCACAUUUUUUAGUGGUGAAAGGUCAAGGUCAUCAUUCAAGGUCAAAAGUAAAAAACCCAAAUCCAUAGGAAGUAACAAGCUUUAAAGGGAGAUAAUUUCUAUUUAUUUGGCAGGUACAGAUCAUUUUUACAAGGGAAGUAAUAUUUUUUAAAGGGAUAUAAUAAAAAACAAAAAUAUUUAAAUCAAAGCGGUGCAGUAGGGGGCAUUGUGUUUCUGACAAACACAUCUCUUGUUGUAGAUGUUGUUGUUUAUUGAGGGGGGGGGGGGGGGGUGAGGAGGGGGAAAUGUCAAAGAAUGUUUGUAUAUUUCAUCACAUGAAUGUUUUUGGUUCAAACCUUCAUAGGAACACAUGUCUUAAAUGUUUGUAGUAAACAUCAGUCUGGGGAUGUUGAUCUGUGAUGCCACAUCAUUGAAGGGCGUUAUUACAUUGACACAUAUCUGAAUGAUUCAUAAUUUUUAUUGUAUGAUCGAAAAUUACCGAAUGAGUCAUGAACCAUUUAAAUUGUUAUUUAGUAUAUUUAAGUUAAAUUAUUUAUUUUCUUUUCAAAACUUUUGUGUAUUUAUGAAUGAUUUUGUUUUGCAACAGUAUAAAGGUUUACAAUAUAUUGAUGAAAGCUUAUAUUUGUAAUAAUUAGUUGAUGUUUAUGUUGACAUGCACAUGACUGCUUCAGUGGUUUAUAAUUGGUUGUUUUUUUCAAUCAUGAAAUCGAAGAUGAUAAUAAAAUUCAGAAACUUUU